UUAUCAGUGACUCCAUCAAGCCAAGAUAUCUGCAGGAUAUGUCACUGUGAGGGGGAUGAUGAGAAUCCACUAAUUACCCCGUGCCACUGUUCUGGAAGUCUUCAUUUUGUGCACCAGGCCUGUCUCCAGCAAUGGAUCAAGAGUUCAGAUACACGAUGCUGUGAACUCUGCAAGUUUGAGUUCAUUAUGGAAACCAAAUUAAAACCCCUAAGAAAAUGGGAGAAGCUGCAGAUGACAUCCAGUGAAAGAAGAAAAAUAAUGUGCUCAGUGACGUUCCACAUCAUCGCUAUCACCUGUGUGGUCUGGUCUUUGUAUGUUCUUAUAGACCGGACGGCAGAGGAGAUCAAAUUGGGCCAAACCACCGGUAUUCUGGAGUGGCCGUUCUGGACUAAGUUAGUGGUGGUAGCAAUUGGCUUUACUGGUGGACUUUUGUUUAUGUAUGUGCAGUGCAAAGUCUAUGUCCAGCUGUGGAAGAGACUAAAGGCCUAUAACAGGGUCAUUUAUGUACAGAACUUUCCGGAUACUUGUAAAAAGAAACUCUUUGAAAAGACAAUAAUAAUUGAGCCAAAUCUGGAAAGUAAAGAACCACCUGGAAUUCACCACUCGGACACAAAUUCAUCUUACUACACAGAUCCAGAGGAUUGUGGGGCCGCAAUCCUGCAAGUCUAAACUUUGUUUUCCAGUUCUUUUACAUAGACAAUUGCUUACUGACUGCGGGCAGCAGAAGAUGAUGUCAUCACAUCUCAUUCGUUUCCUCUUUUCUAUCCACUCCACAUACAGACGUUUCUGUCCUUUCUUGUUUCAACGUUUUAUACCUCCUUCAGAUGAUCAGUGGAUACCUCCUUCAGUGAAGUGGAAACAUUUCAGGGACCUGCAUUAAAUCCACGA